GGUGCGGUCGAAGCCGGAGAGCAAGCCACGCUCUGCGGAACGUCGCGGUCGCGUUUACGAUCGCACUGUUUGGCUUCAAACGUUCGUAUCUUUUGCGAUCACUGAAUAGUGAUACAUAGCGUGAGAUUGAUACGUGUGAAGGUCCAAGUCUCUUUUGGAGGAAAUGCUAACAGAAAGGGGACGUUUUCUGGGAUGUGCUGCAGUGGACAGAGCAUGUAAACAUUGAUUGUUUGAUACCUGAGUGGCUCUUCAGAAGCUCUGCUGUAUCAGUACCAGAUUCGACUCUCUUGCUCAGUACCUGCACGCCCAGCUCUUUUUCUAUGGCGUACACCGAUAAUAAAAUCGCAGGACGGAUAUGCAUUGUAGCAGCAUUGUUUGGAAAGUAAACAAUGGACGAAUGAAAGUUACUAAUCGGAAACUAAAGUGUUUCGAUUCUUUCAGGCGUUUCUGAACAGUAAGAAAUAACACAAAUAGUCUAUAUUUUUUUCUGAAUGUGAAGACAUCUUAGCGUAACUUCGAAUGAAAGAAACAGCAAUGUACCCUACCCACGAUCGUGAUAAGUAUACCACAAAUGUAGUGUUGCUGUGAUUACGGGUUAAGCGAGUCAAAAUGAUUUCUAGAUCUUUCUCUUUCAGUGAAAAAGAGUUGUGGUUCCUACGUCUGUAGGAAGCUACCGUGUGGUGUGUGGCAAGGGUACAUUGCACAGUAGUGUCCUUUUUACGUCAGUCUUGCUCCUUUCAUUGUUAGUUGUGGCACAGUAGGAACUGUCACUUCGCUACUGUGCAGACCCGAACGUGAUGACCUGCAAAGAGUUGUCAUGAACACUCAGAACACACAGUGACCAGAGAGCCAACACGCGAUGUGUAUUUGCUUGUGCCUGACGGUAUAUAGACCAGUAGUGUCGUUUUCACCCCAAGUUUAUUCCAUUGUCUGAUACUUUCAUGAAAGGCCAAAAGUUUUGAAUUGCAAAGAGAAGUUAAGAGCGUGACAAUAGGAAAUACGGUGAUCUGACAGGCAGUGUGUGUUGUGAGCGGUGUAGGGCAGUAGUGUCACUUCACCCCAAUUUACUUCAUCCACUGAUGCUUCCACGUGAGUCCUAAAAGUGUUCGCUUGUAAAGAGAUAUUUGGGAGGUGAAAAUGUGGGACACACAGUGAUCCGAGGAUGGCUCGUAUACUGUCAGUAGUUGAGCUGGGAGGGUGCAUCGUGCGUUCGUGACGGGAGUGAGUGAGCCGUGGGUGUGAGAGGUCAUGGAGGCGCCCUUCGAGCUGGCGGACGUGCUGGAGUACAACGGCACGCUGUGGGUGAACGAGGAGGACCCGGUGCAGCUGGCCUGGGUGCAGGCGCUGCUCGGCCUGCUGUACGGCGCCAUCUUCGUCGUGGGGGUGACGGGCAACCUUCUGGUGCUGGUGGUGGUGGCGCGCGCGCGGCCCGCCCACACGCUCACCAACCUGUUCAUCGGCAACCUCGCGCUCAGCGACCUCAUGCUGUGCCUGCUGUGCGUGCCCUUCACGCCGCUCUACACCUUCAUGGGCCGCUGGGUCUUUGGCGCCUUCCUCUGCCGCGUAGUCGUGCUGGCACAGGGCACGAGCGUGUACGUGUCGUCGCUGUCGCUGGCGGUGGUGGCUGCCGACCGGUAUGUGGCGGUGACGCAGCCGCUGCGCGCGCGGCCGCGCGGCACCUGCUGCCUGCUCGCCGUGGCGGCCGUGUGGCUGUGCGCGUGCGCGGGCGCGCUGCCGUACGCGCUGCACGUGCAGCACCGGCCGGCCGACGGCGCCUGCGAGGAGCACUGGCCGUCGGCGCGCGCGCGCGCCACCUUCGGCGCCGCCACCUUCUGCGCGCAGCUGGCCGUGCCGCUCGCCGUCGCCGCCUUCUGCUACGGCCGCGUCUGGCUGCGGCUGCGCGCGCGCGAGCGCGACCGGCGCGCAGCCAGCGCCGCCGGCCCGCCCGCCGCGGUGCGCGAGGCUGCGCGAGCGCGCGCGCGGCGCACUCUGCGCCUGCUGGUGGCCGUCGUUGCGGUGUUCGCCGUCUGCUGGCUGCCGCUGGCGCUGCUCAACCUGGCCGCCGACCUGAGCGCGCGCGCCACGCGCUGGCGCUUCUUCCAUCUCGGCUUCUUCGUGGCGCACGUUCUCGCCACCAGCUCGGCCUGCUACAACCCGUUCCUGUACGCCUGGCUCAACGACAACUUCCGGCGCGAGUUCCGCCGCCUGCUGCCCUGCUGCUGCGGGGGCGGGGUCGCGGGCGGCGCCCACGCCGAUGACGUCGUCGCCGGCGCCUGCGAGCCCGGCCAGUCGGCGCAGACGCUGCUGCCAGAGUCCGACGUCGGCGUCGUCGCGGUCCCCGUCGUCUCCUACUGCGCCUCUGGCGAGGUCGUUCACUUCUCGACCGUCGAGAACCUGCUGGAUCUCUCACCGUCCAUCUAG